AGUCGACUCUGCCACCUGCCAUCGACUUAUAUUUUCCACCCGACCAAUUUGAUACGUGCGCUCCCCUUUUCCUGAUCUUUUAAACUCCCUCUUGUCAUUCUACUCUCCUUCUUCAAACCUGUAUCGGACCCAUUCAUGGCCUCUGGCCCACCCGGAUCAAUGCCUGCACAACCUCCUGCAGGUGAACCCUCUCUCCCGUCGUCGGAUCCCUCUUGGGAAGGGGACAGGAUGUUCAACAUCUACAUUUAUGAUUAUUGCCAGAAGCGGGGCUUCCGUAAAACAGCUCACGAGCUGUUGGGAGAGGCUGAGAUACCACCAGACUCUGCUCCCCCCAUCAAUGCACGUCAGGGUCUUCUAUUCGAGUGGUGGAGUGUUUUUUGGGUUCUUUUCACGGCAAAAAGCAACGGAGCAGGAACGGAUGAUGCUAUUGUCUACACGCAGCAUCAACUGCAGCAGCAACACCUCAGACAACACAAUGCGCCCCAAAUGCGGCAAGCGCCACCGGCGAUGGGUCGUUUUAUGAACGGUACGCAAAGACCCCAAGCAUCGAUGCCGCCCAAUGGCCAGAUGCCUAACGGUGUUGGACCUGCUUCUUUGCCAGGUAACCCGGGCCCGAUGCAGAAUGGCGCCCAGGGCCCCAUGUCAUUCCCAAUGAACGGUCCUCAAGCAAACGGUAUUCCGAUGUCAUCGGGCGGCCCUCCAGGUCAACCAGGAAACUUCUCACAGCUACUACCAGGGCAGCAGAGGCCUGGCGGUCCUCCAAGACCAAAUGGCGCUGCGCCUCCAUUCCAGUCUCCAACGAUGACACAUCCUCAUUCUCCCCAUAUUGCAGGAGGUAACCCUGGCGCCGGACCUCAGCAUCCACAGCCUCCAAUGAGUCAACUGGGGGGCCCGCCCAGCCACCUUACGAUGCUCAAUCGUCCCAUGCACCCAUCAAAUCCAUCCCUUGGCUCGGCUCCCCAGACGCAGACACCGCCAUUUAUUGGACGCUCGCCAAGCCGUCCUGGUACGCCUGGUCAAAGCGGCAUGAUGCAACGCAGCCCAUCGUUGGUCGCCCGCCAGACGCCAGUGAACGACCUAGCCAUGCUCAACCAGGAACUUAGCCGUAUGCCUACCGAGCUCGUUACAAUUGUUAAAGUAGCGAUGGGUUUAUCCGAUAAGGACUUGCACUCGCUUACCUUCCAAGAAAAGCAACGUAUUAUCAAUGAGGUGCGGCAGCGGAGCGCGAAGGCAUCACAACUCGGCCCUGCAGGUCCAUCGAACAUACAAGGGAUGGCACCACCUGGGCAACAACGCCGACCUGUGCAACAUCCGACAAUGCAGCAGCUGUCGCAGCAGCAGCAACAACAACAGCAGCAGCAGCAACAACAGCAGCAGCAACAGCAACAACAGCAACAUCAACAGCGCGCUAUGAAACGCAACAGCACGUCUCCCGGAGAAGAACAUGGCACGCUCCCGAAUAGCGAGAGCUCGCCUCCGGAUAGGAAGCGGCCGCGCCGCACGCCUCCGCUGGAACAGACAGUCAUCCAUGGGUCCCGGGUAUCCACACCCGCAACAGCAGGGUAUGCCAGGCGGGCCACAAUCGAUGGCUAAUGGUAGCAUGAUGCGUCAAGGGCCAAUGCAAGGCGCGCCCAUGAAUAACUUCCCGCCACACGGUGUUCCAACGAACAUGGGCAAUCCUGGCAUGGGACUGCCCAUGGGUGCUCCUGGUAGUGCCAUGAACCCGGGUAUGAUCCCAGGAGGCAAUAACAUGAUGAUGUACCGACAGAGUCUGACCGCGACGACAAAGAACAUGUUGGCAGCAGCAGCUC